AUGAAUUUACCUGAUUUCCUAAAUGAUAAUCAAUCAUUAAAUCUGAGGAAUGGUAUAAAUAAUAAUACUAAUGGCAAUUCACUAAAUCUGUAUGAUAAUAUGAAUGGUAAUAACAAUCAUAAUAUGCCAAAUGGAAGUAGACGAGAUAGUUUACCAAUAAAUGGAAACAACAAUAUUUCAUCAAUAAAUAAUGAUGAUCCUUUAUCAUCACAAUCAAAUUUCAAUGAUAUUUUAUUUAAUAAAUUAAAUGAUUUAUCAAUAAAUUCACCAAACUUAGAAUUUUUAAAUAAUUCUUAUAGCAACAAUAUAAAUCAAAACAACAAUAACAAUAUAAGUUUGAAAGAUUCAUUUAAUUUACCAUUAGAGUUGCAAGGUGGAGUAUCAAAUAUAUCAUCAAGAAGACCAAGUUAUGCAGCAGAAUCAUUUACAAGAUCUAAUUUUUUUAAUAAUGGUCAAUCAUUAAAUAAUAAUCCUCAUCAAUCUUCACCAUUAAGUUCUCAAAAUUCAAGUUAUUUAAAUAAUGGAAAUGGGAAUGGGAAUAGUAAUGGUAAUGAAAAUUUGGGAAACAAUUUUGAAUUUAAAGGAAUAAAUUUUUCAAAUGGUAAUGGUAGUAGUAAUAGUAACAAUAAUAAUAGAGAUUUAUCAUCUUAUGCAAUGAUGAAUAGUUUUCAAUCAAGAAAUUAUCAAUUUCGUAAUAACACAAAUAACAAUAAUGGUAAUUUUGAUUUAAAUGAUUCAUUUAAUGAUAUGAAUUUUGGAUUAGGAUCAAAAUUUAGUCAAUUUCAAUCAAGAAGACCAAGUCAGUUAGUUGAUUAUCCUUAUCAAUAUGGAACACAACAACAACAACAACAUUAUCAACAAUAUCAACAGUUUAAUGGCUUAAAACAACAAUCUAAUUUAAAUAAUACAUUUGUACCAUUUCAAGAUGGUUUAAAUUCGACACAAUUUCAAAAUCAAAAUCAAAAAAAUCAACAUCAAUCUCCAAAAUCUCAACAUCUUCAAAAUUAUCAAACAUUUAUUCCUUCGCAGCAAAAUCAACAACAACAGCAACAACAAUCACAGUCACAAUAUCAACCACAACUUACGACAGCUUUUAAUUCUCAACAACAACAAAUACCUGGUCAACCUAUUAAAUUAGAAAAUGGUUUAUUAUUAAAAGAUCAAUAUAUCAUAGCAUCACAAGAAUUAAAAGAAUUAUAUUCAAAAACAAUAAAUUAUUUUCAAAAUCCAGAAUUAACAAAUGAAAUAGUUCGUCAAAUGAAUGAAUUAUUAAAUAAUUCAAUAAUAAUAAAAUUAAUAACAUUUAUAAAAAAUUUAAAUAAUUUAACAUUUAAUCAUAAAAUUCUUUGUUUAAUUAUUAAUAAAAAUGGAAAAUUUGAUUUAUUAAGUUACCCCAAUAAUUCGAAUAUUUUUUUACAAAAAAAUGAUUUAAUUAUAAUUGAUGGUGAUAGAGGUAAAGAUUUAGUUAUGAUUAUUGAACCUUUAGUAAAUUUAAAUUUUGCUAUAUUAUUUAAUUUUUUAAAAAAAUUAGAACAUUUAAAAAGUUUAACUAUUAAUGAUGAGAGUGGUGGUGGUGCUAAUGGUGCUGGUAGUAGUAAUGGAGUUACUGGAGUUACUGGUGGUACUCAUCCAACUUCAAUGAAUGCUUCAACUAUAAUUAAUUCAAGAUCAAAUCAAGACAAUGAAUUUAUAAUAACAUUACCAACAAAACAGGUGUUACGAUUUGCAACCCCCAAGGAAGUUCAUAAAUUAAGUGGGAAAUUUCUUGAAGAGAAAAAAGCAUUUAUAACAUGUUAUAACAAGAUAAAAGAACUUGGAUUAGAAAAUCAAUUAAAUUUAAUUAAUGUUGAAUAUCAAUUUGAUUUUAAAAAAUUAAUUUUUUAUUAUUUUGCUGGUUUUAAUAGAAUUGAUUUUAGAAAUUUAAUUAAAGAAUUAUUUAAAAUUUAUAAAACUAGAAUUUGGUUAUGUGCUGUUUUACCUUUUAAUCAACCUGAAUUAUAUGUUACAAAAGGUGGGGAGGAGACUGAUGAUAAUGAAGAAAAAGAAAAAGAAAAAGUUAGCAGUGAUAAGGAAAAACAAGAAUCAACUGAAACAAACGAAACAAAUGAAACAAUUGAAACAAAUAAUAAUGAAGAAUCAAAAACAAUAAUUAAUGAUAAUUUAAUACCAAAAGAAUAUAAUUUAACAAAUGAUCAAAUUUUAAAUUUUUCAAUAAUUGAAUUUUCAAAUUUAUUAAAUUCAAAUUAUUUUCAUCUGAUAAAUUUAAAAAAUUUAAUUCAAUCUUUAAAUAUGGAUUUGAAAACUGAAUUUUAUGGAUUUAAUAAUGCUAAGACCACAGCUACUGCUAAGAAUGGGAUAAUCAAAAAUGGGAUAAGUACUACAUCAAAUAAAAAUGAUUUAAAACUUAUAAUAAGGAAUUAA